UUCAAGGGGUGGGUCUGUCACUGACAGACCCACCCCUUGGACUUGCCUGUGCCUGAGUCACUGGUGAAGCUCUAAUUUUCUGCAUAAGAAACCUGAAACCGUGGAAAGUUUCAUACAACUUUGAUACCUAAUACAAGAAAAUCUAGUGAAAGUAGUUGUCUCUAAGAACAUCUUAACUUAAGCUUGCUGGAAGCCUGAUAUAUUAAAAGGUUUGGAGGGCUUUGGUAAAUUUUGGUCCAUUGAUCUUGCAUAUGAUAAUGAUCAUUGCAGUUUAUUGCAUUGCAUUAAUUCUGUCUGUUGGUUUUUGGGCAUUUAAUUAUGCAAGUCUUUGGAUGUUUGGAGAUGUUUCAGAGACAUGUUCGUCGGUGCGCUGGAUCGCGGCGCUGGUGGUGCCGGUGGCGAUUGCCCACCACGGCCUGAGGAAGGGCAGCCUGGACAGGAGCGGCGCCGCCGCCGGGUUUUUAGUCGGCUUUUUGCUCACUCUGGCCAACUGGACGUUCCUGGCUAUGCUUCUCACAUUCUUCCUCUCAUCAUCGAAGGCGACCAAGUUUAGGAGUAAGCAAAAACAAAAGUUUGAAGAUGAUUUUAAAGAAGGCGGGCAGCGCAACUGGCGCCAGGUGCUCUGUAACGGCGGAGCGGCUGCUCAGUUCGCCUGCCUCUACAUGAUCGAGUGCGGCUGCCACGAGCACCCGAUCGACUUCCACGAGCACUUCCACAGCUCCGUGCUCGCCCUGGCGGUGCUUGGGUCGCUGGCGGCGGCUAACGCAGACACGUGGGCGUCCGAGCUGGGGACGGUUCUGGCGCGGGGUCAGCCGCGACUCAUCACCAACCUGCGAAAAGUGCCCACCGGCACCAACGGCGGCGUGUCGUUGGCCGGGACGCUGGCCAGCCUGCUGGGCGGCGCGCUGGUCGGGCUGGCCUGCUGGCUGACACAGCUGGCGGCGCUGGGCGACCGCUCGCUGGCCACCCGGCCGCCCCAGUGGCCGCUGGUGACCGUCGGACUGCUGGCCGGACUGCUGGGCAGCACCGUCGACUCGCUGCUGGGAGCCACGCUGCAAUUCUCGGGUGUGACCGAGAAGGGAGUGGUGGUGGAGCGUCCCGGGGCCGGUGUGCGUCCCAUCAGCGGCCGCCCGCUGCUCGACAACCACUCAGUGAACCUGCUGAUGACCAUCGUCACUGGGUGUCUGACGCCGCUGCUGGCGCACGCCCUCUGGCCGGCCGGACUCCACUGACGGGCGCUGAGGGAAUACUGCUGAUGUAGCACUCAGCUGAGGGAAUGCCAACAUUGACGGAUCUUCAACGGGAUGUUGACGAGUGACGUAACUGACGGAACACUGACGGAACACACAAAACACUGACGGAACACACAGAACACUGACGAAACACUACUGAUACACCACUGACAGAACAUCAACAAAACAUUGACGCAACACUGACGUAACAUGACUGACGUAUCACUGACGUAACACCGCUGACUGACACUCUGAUCGGGUACUGACUGAGCACAGGCAGAGGCUAGGUUACCUCAGCCUCUUCGCUUGACAGCUGGUAAUGGCCACCGACAAUGGACACCGACAUGCGUUACUGAAACUGACCCUGACACUGAUUCGUGUAAUGGUACCAUGCACCGAGGCCGUGUAACCGACUCGCCCGCCGUAAGAUAUCCCCCUGUCCGUUUAUGGCAUAUUAUGAUAUUCAUGCUUGUUCGGUGGUAAUACCGACACGUUAGCACUGCGAACCAUCAGAUCAACUAUAGGUAGUGGGCUGUAGGGAUAGAUGGUGUGUUUACUUAGCAUUUAGUGUCCCAUCAUUGUAAUAACACCUGUGUCAGGUUUUAUAUAUUUUCAGGAAUUAGUUGGAACACGAUGAGCAUGAAGCCUUCCAACGCCCAUAAGCUAGUUGUUUUGGUAAGUGCGAUACUUGCUAAGCGAUACCGCUAACUCCGUGGACUGUCCACACACCGCUGGACCCCACGUUCGGAGUUUUACGGGAUGGCUUCCUCCCACAAUGAUUGUAGUUUACACCAGCGUUCCCAUUGAAUGGUAUUCGCUUCCACCGCUCCCUGCCUGAGUGGCGCGAGAUCUAUAGUAGUAGUGCACGUCUUAGUGUGACAAUGCGACUCAAAUGAUAGUCUUUCUUAGUACGACCCUCCCCUAAGUCGCUUUUCAAAGGAUCACGAGAACCGUCGUUAUGGAAAGGUCGCUCCAUCAUUUUUUAAUCGAUCGUAAUUUCGCUGAAUAAUGCCCAUGAAGAACAAUAAAGCGAUGGUUGCUCGUCUUAAGCAGAGCGUAAGAAAGGGUAGCAGUAUUUCAGCAAUGGCCUAUUCAUUUUUUUCGAUGGUAUCAGUGAUACCAACGAUAAUUGAUAAUCAGUGAUCAACAUUGAUUAUAAUUAUUGUUAGUGGAUGGGUGUAGCAUUAGGGGAGAAGCAUCAAAACCAACUCUAGCCGGGACUAGCCGGAACUAGAGGAUCCGUCUGCUUGUUUUCGAUACAUAUGUUUCAUUUGUCUGCUUCGGCUGAGUGCAAUGUUUCUGCUACAUAUGGGUGGUAUUUUGUUAUGCGUUUUUCGACCCUUGGGAUGAACGUUGUAGCUGUAUAGUGCUGGUGUCAUCUGAUUACCUUUUGUUCACUGCCUUGUUGGUGGUAAGUUUUAUUGUUAUCCUAUACCUAUGGAAAGGCGGAGAAUACACGAUCACUGCUUCACG